AUGCCCAGUGCUGGGGCAGGCGCCGGCCGUGAGUCAGUGGCGGCGCGGCUGACGGGCAGGGGCGGGCCCGGCGCGGGGGCCGGCUCGGCUGGGCUCGGCUCGGCUCGGCUCGGCUCGGCUCAGCUCGGCUCGGCCAGGCCCGCCUCGCCCGGGCGAUGUCUCAGCGCGGCGGCGGCGGCAGCAGCAGCGGGGGGGCGGGCGGGUAGCGGCAGCGGGGCCGAGCGCUGCUCCUGCCUUUCCCUGCCCGCCGCUGGCCCUUCCUCCGCCCCCUCCGGCCCCCCCUUCGCAACUCCGGCGCCCGACCCAGCCGCCGCUCCGGGCAGGGAGGAAGGGCUUGGAGCCGCCUCCCGCUGCCCCCGGCCGCCCCCUCCCCAUGCAGCCCGGCCCGCAGCUGGGAGCCCUCCCCGGGGGGAUGUUUCUGCGGCCGCUGCCGGGAUAACCGGUGCGCGUCCGCCCCCGCCCCGGACGGAGGAUGCUGCCCGCGCCGUGGCGGGUUCCGACUCGGGCAGCAGCGGCCGCGUCCCCCUCCUCGGCUCCGGGCAGCGUCGCCGCGGAGAGAUGACUUCAAGGCAUCAGGCGGACUGGAUCCCUUACAGUGUUCUGGAUGAUGAGGGGAGCAGCCUGCGUCAGCAGAAGCUUGACAGGCAGCGAGCAUUGCUAGAACAGAAGCAGAAAAAAAAGCGCCAGGAGCCAUUAAUGGUUCAGUCCAAUGUGGACAGUCGCACAAGGACACGCAGAAUGAAACAUUCAGAAGAACAAGCACCACUGGUUGAAUCAUAUCUUAACAGCAACAGCAGCACCAUAUAUCAUGUGCAGGAGGCCGAGCAGGAAGAUGUAAAGGUGGUAGUGGAUGCCCAAGCUCCGAAACCAGCUAAAAAAACCAAGGCCGCAGCUGCGAGCUGUCAGACUGGCGGCACCAGAAAGGAGAAAAAAGGGAAACACAAAGGGAUCGAUGGCCCAGCUGCUUUUCAAGAUGAUGUUCAGAAGAUAGGAGGUCAGGUACAGAUUCUUACUGUUGGACAGUCUAGCCAUGAUGAAGAUGAUGGAGAGAAAACAGCUAGUGGCCAACAACAGCAAAGCAAACAAGAUCUUAGAACAGCAAUGCAGAAAAAAGAUCCCCAUGCAAAUACAUCCUGGUCCUCUUCCACCUCCCAAUCCAGUCUUGUCGCCCUGGAUCAUGUUCCUGGCAUCUCAAGCAGCAUGAAUUUUGAUGAGGAAGAAGAUGAGGAAGAUGAAGACAGCUCCAGUUCUUCACAGUUAAACAGUAAUACCCGGCCUGGAUCUGCCACGAGCAAGAAAUCCAAUAAGGAAGCGGCCUCAGCCCCCAGUCCUUCCACGAAUGAGCCUCUCAUAGAUGUUGAUGACCUGGAGGAAUUUGCCAUAAGACCUGCUCCACAGGGUGUCACUGUCAAAUGCAGAAUCACAAGAGACAAGAAGGGAAUGGACCGAGGGAUGUACCCUACUUAUUACCUCCACUUGGAAAGGGAGCAUGGUAAAAAGGUGUUUCUGUUAGCUGGAAGGAAACGAAAGAAGAGUAAAACCUCUAAUUACCUCAUCUCUAUAGACCCAACUGACCUGUCUCGGGGUGGAGAGAGUUUUAUUGGAAAACUGAGAUCAAAUCUUAUGGGAACUAAGUUUACAGUUUAUGACAAUGGAGUAAAUCCAAUGAAAACAACAUCAAGCCUGGAGGCGAGUAUCCUGCGUCAGGAGCUAGCUGCUAUUUGUUAUGAAACAAAUGUCUUGGGGUUUAAAGGGCCACGCAAAAUGAGUGUGAUCAUACCAGGAAUGAAUAUGGACCACGAAAGAGUUUCCAUCAGACCACGAAAUGAACAUGAGACGCUUCUUGCAAGAUGGCAGAACAAAAAUACGGAGAGUGUCAUUGAGCUGCAUAACAAAACCCCAGUCUGGAAUGAUGACACACAGUCCUAUGUUUUAAAUUUCCAUGGUCGAGUCACACAGGCCUCAGUGAAAAACUUCCAAAUUAUUCAUGAUAAUGAUCCUGAAUAUAUAGUGAUGCAGUUUGGCCGCGUGGCUGAGGAUGUGUUCACCAUGGACUACAACUACCCAAUGUGUGCACUACAAGCCUUUGCCAUUGCCCUUUCAAGUUUUGACAGCAAGCUGGCUUGUGAGUAAAGGGGCAUGGGUGAGCAUCCUCUCAAAGGAAGCAGUUUGCUAUAUGAUUCCCAGUUCCUGCUGAUGUCACUUAUGGUCCAUACUAAACAGGGCAGGGAAAAAGUAGUUGUGGAGAAUCACUCUAUUGCUGAAGAGAAAGUAAAAGGAAUCUUCUAAAAAUUCAGGACAUUCAGGAAAUAUGUUUUCCUUUUGUUUUUUUUCUGUCAUAUUUUUCUGGAAGUGACAUCAAGUUUGUGUAAAUAGAAGUUCUCUCUCAUGUCCUUGAAUAUGUUAUGGAGAUGUGCCAUGACGUACUGUACCGUGGCUCUAGUAGCACCAUUAUAACGGUGUCUUUUUUAAAUCCAGAAAGGGCGUGCACGCUCGAAAAGUUCCUUUUUACAUUUAAGAAUUAUCCUGAGGCUGCAAUCGUACCUCAAGGUUGCAUUCCUACAUCGACUAAUCAGAGCUUCACAUCAGCCAACGUAAAAGAAAGAUCACAGGAAAGAUGCGCUUUUUUGAACGUGCAAGGAUCUCGUGUAGUAUAAAGCAAAGUGUGAAGGUUGAAAACCUAUACUGGACUGAACUUGGUGCAUUGCUAUUGCAUAUGUAGUAGGGCACGAUGAAUUUUAAUUGCAGUAGGGGGGAAACGGAGAAGUAGUAAGCACAAAACAAUGUUGCACAAGUCACUUGAAUUCUAAGCUGUUAUUAUGUUUUAACAUCUACAUGCUUUUUAAUUUGUUUCAAAUGAAAAUGUAUUUGGAGUACAGAAAAGGAAAACAUCUAGAUGCCAAGAAAGCAAACUUAUGUUGAAUUUGGCAUGUCGCGUGUUGGGAAUUGGUAUCCUUGUAUUGCUGUGGUAAUUCAAACACAUAUUUUGUAUUAAGUGAUUCAGACAGUUGGAUAAAGGUUCUCUGCAGAGAAUCUAUUUUGACCAGGCUGUGUAAAGCUGAAGAAGGUAAAUGGAAAGAUUUUAUUAAAUUUGUCUGGCCUUUCGCGAUUUUACAAGUUGUUGAUUGCAUUAUUUGAACUUUCAGCAACAACCACUUUUAGUAUUUAUUUCCCAUUGUAAGAACACUUGAAAUCGAUUGAAACUGUGUAUGCUGUUCUUCAAUGUAAAUGUGCCAGCUACUGAGCUAAAUCCUUCUAGGCAAAUGUAGUGUAUGCCAUGUACAAAUGAGACACUGGCAGGACACGAAAUAGCUUAAAAUAGUGUGGAUUUUUUGGUUUUCUUUUUUUUCUGAUUUAUCUGGAAUAUAUAAACAAAUACCAUUUCAAAACUCAAGCAAAGAAUAAGCCAUUCUCCUCUCUUCUGAACAUUUCAAAAGCCAGGAGCUGUAACUGAAAGCACACCGUAAAACACCUUUAAAAAUAACAAGUCUUUCUGCCGUGUUCUGUACAAUGUUAUCCUAAAUGGUGCACAAAAUAAUAGGAUUUAUAUGUAGUUCACACAGAAGGAUACUGAAAUGUGAAUGAAGUAGUUGUGUUUUAUACUGUAUGUAUUCAGGUCCCCUUUUUUAGUCUUUACAGACUCUUGCAUUGCACAACCAAAGAUUACGUAAUGAGAAAAAUGAGAUCAAAUCUGCUUGUUUCAUAGGGGACAGGCCAUAAGGAGAGGUUGUGCCAUUUGGACUGUUUAAUUUCAACUGAUAAAAGAAACCUGCUCUCUUCUUCACAUUUGCCUUCAGGUGUCCUUCCCAGUAUACAAACAAGGCAAUUUCAGAUAAGAGAUGGAAAUAAGUAAUUGACAGCAUUCUUUCUAAUAUUUGUUAAAAUCUAUUGAAAAGUGUCAUCUGGCUUUGAACAGUGUUUUGUUGAUGGUCUCAGCCUAUCAAAUGUUGCCUUUCAAUAACAGGAGGCUCUUUCAUUCUUUUAUUUAUUCAAAUCUUGUUGCAAGAAGCCUUUCCACACAGUAGUAUAGAAUGGAAAGACACCUUUCGUGUGUGAGAAAUGAGCAGUCAGUUCCCUCAGUAAAUGAUCAGAAUUCAUGAUCAUGAGCUGCAGUGUGAUACUGAGGCUUUGCACAUGGAUGCUUUGCUUUUCCCUAUAGUUGGUGUUUUCUCACCACUGCACAUCCCCAUCUGUGAUCUCACUUUGGAUUUUAACAGAGAGGCCCUUAGGCCUCAUGUCAGUCUUUAAAAACCAUCUCCAGUGAUAACCAGAAUUUCUGUUUAGACUACUGCAAAACCAGACAGAAAUCCCCACUGCUGGUACUUAGGUGAGAUGUGUGUUUAAAGAAUCUGCAGCAUGAGAAGGGCUGAAUCUGCAUGGCUUUAAUUCUGUGGCUCUCCAGUCAUGUUUGCUUUAAAGCCUGAAAAAGUGGCACCUGAGAGUUUCCUGCCUCUCCCUGUGCACAGCACUGUGUCAAAGGAACCAAGUGUCAUAUGGUGCAAAUACACAAUCUGCUGGCUUUAACAGUGCAGUUGGUUUAGGAAGGACUGUUUUGAACAUGGAUCAUAACAAUGGUCUGGCUUGCAUCAUGGCCCCACAGGGAAUUGGCACAAAAAAGCAGCUCGUAUGCAGUGAACUCCUGCACAAGGGUGAGAAUGAGAGGCUGGGGAAAGGCAGAGUUCAUUUUCUUGGGACAGUUUUGCUGCCAGCACAUUGUGUAACUUCACUCUCCCUGUAUGUUCUUCCCAGCCAGGUAUUUUUUUAACCUGUAAGCGUGCCAGGAGGAAAGUGGUGACUCAAAUUCCCAUCAUCUUAACAGAAUCAUACAGGGACAUCAGCCAACGAGUUGCUGAGGAAAAAUUUCCCACCAUAAAUUGAGGUCACUAGAGGGGGAUGUUAACCCAGGACUAAGAGGAAUGAGGAGCUCUCAUUAAAUCUGGUUCAGUUACAGUAGGAUUGUACCUAGUGGCCAUUGCCAAAACCCUGGUUCCUCACUGAUGUUGAGCAAGGGACUGGGUUCUUUUGAUUCACUUGACCAUUGGCACCAGUAUGUAUUUUCAGAGCUAUAUGCAUACUAAAGUAACCAAGGAGCAGUUAGUGGCACACUCACAUUAGUAAGAGCUUCUGCAGGGCCUGCAUGUCAGUGUGCAUAACCUUCUUAGUGUCACAAAGAAUAUAGUGGCACUGAGCUGUGUAUUUCCAUCACACAGCCCUAGUGAGUGUUUGGACAUGGUAGAUUUAAUAUUAUUUAAAAUCCCAGUAUUGAUUUUUUUGCACCUGCUGUUGAUUUUGGCAGAGAGUUGUAAACAACUUCCCUAUCUGAAUUGCUUAUAGGCAAAUAACUGCAUGCUUUAAUGAGAGUUCUUAAUCUAACUUGUCACUCUGUUUACAUCAAACAGUUUCUCCCUGGCCCUUUAUCUAGUUUUCUUCAUCUCUGAUGUUCUCUUCCUUCUCAUUCUCUUCACAAUCCCUUUAUCUUUUCCGCAAGGAUGUGCAACUCAAAAGCGUUUGACUGUAUUACUCAGUGAUCUCUCCACAGAUGAAUAAUGCCUUCGGUGCACAUCCAGUGAUGCUUCAACAAUAGAAGCCUGAUCAGAGUGGUAAAUUUGGCCCUUUGGCUUUUCAGUGGAGUAAAUUAACACAUUAAAAGGUAGCAGAUAAAAAAGCUUGCCUAAAAUAUAAUCAGAAUUUUUCUCAGUAAACAUUCAGUAACCGGAGUUUCCAAACCAUUAGUUGCAAAUCAAUGAGCAGCACUGUCCACAAGCCCGGAGGCAGGCUGUUGGAUUGCCUUUGUAGUGCUGCCUUAUUUUUCCUGUUUCAAAAGGUUGAAAGUGAUUCUGUGAGCUGAAGUGUGUUGAUGCCCUGGCAGAGAGUUUAUUUUUUAGAAGCUAGAAAUCUCUCCUUUUGUAGAAUAAUAAAUGGCCAUAAAACAGUAAUGUUGUAGGCCAUUGUUAGAGAUUCUGAUGCCAAGAAGUCUGUGAGAAUGGUUUGUAAUAAUGACUGGGCAAAGCGCUCACUAUUCAAGUUGCCUUACAAUAGUUCUGGAGUUCCCAGCUGGCUGUCCUUGUGAGGUACUAGAACUGAAGAAACUUUAGUAAAGAGGGCUCUGUAACAAAAUCUGAUAGCUGCACAAUUGAAAAACAUCAUUGUGGAGUCAAAUGACACCAGAGUUUUAUCGGUCACAGCGAAUCAGUGACAUCAAUUCAGACUUUCUCAUUUUUUGCUCCCUUUUGAUGAACAUAAGGAGGGACUUUCAGCAAGCAGAGCCAUCAGAGAGGUCUCCGCAAGUAUUGAGCAUUAGUCUACUUUUCUACCUAUAAAAAUCUGACCCCUACCUGAGUGCUGCCCAUUAAAAAUGAAGGAAAUCAUCCCACUCCUUAGUAUAGAAAAUCACUCCCAGUUCUUAUGUCUUAGCUUUUUACAAAUUUAAUUUUUUUAAAUUAAUAUAUUAGUGAUUUCACAUAAAGAUACAACAAGGAGUGGGCAUCACAUGGCAAACAAGAGUUCUUGCCCUGAAGGGAUGAUGACUGUAGGCCAGUAUUUGUCUUUGGUUAUUCUAGUAGGAUAGGACAGGGGGUUGCCUGGUGUUUUAGGGCAGAGAGAGACUCUCCUGAUAUGUGGCAGGUGUCGGGAAGGUGUUGGGUUUGAUGCUGUGGCAUUCUAACUAGUUCUCCCAUGCUAUCCCAUUCCUCUCCUAAAACAUCAUUUGCAAGCUUUUUCCUCGUUUUUAGAGAAGGAUGUGUUCACCAACAAAGUAUCUUUACUUGGUAAAUAAGGACAGCAAAUGUGAUAGAGCAGCAGUCACCUUGAUUAGAAUUAUAGUCUGAUAACUCUCGGGUUUAUCAAAAGGCCUCAUAGGUUACUAGAAGAAAGUAGUUUUCUACAUAUAAAUCUUGCACUAGAAUUACUUUAACUGUAGAUGCAGGCUUCCUUUGGAUGUGCUACUCGAUGAAAAUGAGUUUCGGUUGUUCUUCAUGUAUGAAAUGUACCUACCAGGGUUCUGCUGGGUGUUUGAAAUUAAGCAGCUCUUUUUCAGUUCUUUCUGUUGCUUGCCAAGGAACUAAGAAAAGGAUUUGCACAACUAAAACAUGAUGCUUUGUUAUUUUGCUAUAAACUAUAGCUCAGUAGCUGAUACUCACAAGUGCGUGUAUAUUGGAUGAAAAUGCAUUAAAACUUAUAUGUUGUAUUUUAUUUAACUGCCCUGAUAUUUUUAAUUCCUCUUUUUCAGUAAGGGUAUGUUUAUCUAUACCUCCACUGAGAAGUCUUGAAUUCACUCUCUGUCUUGAAACGGUUUAAUGGAACCAGUACACAGAUGUCCUAAAUUGCUUCAGGAAGAGGACACAUUCCAGAAAAAAUGAUGCUUAUGUUCUUGAGAAAAACAAAACCAAACAAAACAACUUCCUGUUUGCUUUGUAAUUGGAUUACUCAAUAACACUGAAAGCUUAUCAUGGUUUUAGUCACAUCUACAAUGGCAGUUUGAAAAUCACUCUGACAAAAGCUUGCUAGCACGUGAACUGGAAUGCAGUCCUGCUUGAGAGCCAGAACUGAGCAAUACCAGUGAAUACUCGUGCAUCUAUUCUGUGCCUAGGUAUUGACUGCAUGCAGGAAAAGCCCCAAAGAGCCACAAACAUGUCAAAAUCAUCUAGUCUUUUAGGCUGUCCAGCAGCUGAGAGAACACAGGCCUGCAAAUCAGGUCACCUGGGUUUCAAACCCAACUGACUGUGUGACUGUGCAAAUCUUGUAACCUCUUUGUGCCUCAGUUCCAAUGAGUUGAGUGGAAAUAAUUGUUUUGGGACCUGCCUAUGUCUAUCACUGUUCUGCUGAGAGGAUUCUCAGGAGAGUUUCGAGGCUGGUGGGUGGCAGGAGUGGUUUGUGUGCUCAGUAACCGGUUUGAUUCUCACUGAAGGAACCGCAGUAAAACAUGAACAGUUCUCUGCCACCUGUGUAGAAACUGAAUAGCUAACCAAUGUCUUAAGAUAAAAUCUUGACACUGUUGAAUUCUAUGGAAAUCUUGUCAAUGACUUUAGUGAGGCUUGAAUUUUUAAACUUAUGUCAUUUUUGGUCACUAAAUGUGCAGAAAAAUACCAGUAAGGACAAACCAUCUGAUACACUUUCCCUUCUCAGAGUGGUACGUUGUUGGCUGUGUUUUAGUUUGCACCAUCAGUUGUUUUAAAGCUGUUAUUCUUGAACACCUUGCAGAGGUUCUGUUAAUGCAACUGCUUAUUAAUGCUUUCAUGUAGCAGCAAACCACAACACUUGGCAAUUGUGCUGCAAAUUGUCUUUUUGUACUUAUGCUGGUUUUGUUUUCUUUCCUUGGAUGCAACUCGGCUGUUCAAAACUGUUGUUACUGCAGACUUUGACUCUGUUGCACACAUCUGAUUUCAAAACGAGUCUCAUGUUUUAUGACUACCUUUAUACUCAAGUGGGAUGUUUACAAUGCAAUCUGGUUCUCACAUUUGACCCCGUAUCUAUGGCUUCUUACUGAGGUUAUCCCACUUGGAACAAUGUCAUCAAAAGUACCAGUACUUUGUAAAGUGAACUCUUGCAAAGUAACAGGGUGUAAUUUGUAACCAUUUUUAGAGAUUUUAACAUUAAAAUCUAGCUUACAGAUUGGGUGACAUUACAAGGAAAUUAUUUGUUCAAAAUUUUGUUUUCCUUAAGCUUGUCUUGACAUUUGAGCUCUCAUUUAAGCAUAAGCUCCCUAUCCUGCAGCUCCAUCUGCACAAGUGGAAUACAGGUUGGCCUGUGCAGCACACUGGCAAACUGGCUGCAGAAAUCUGUCAGUGUGAUCAGGACACAGUAAGCGAUGGAAUUUCCAAAGUCCUAACAAGAGAGCACUUCCUAAUUCUGUUAGGCAUUCUUGAACACCAUGUAAGAUAUCUUGUACUUUUCCCAUGCUGAUUUACCAAACAACAGCAGGAAUAUUUUACAUUUCAGUUGCUUGUUUUGUUUGCUUGUUUGUUCGUUUCCAUGGCUAUGCUUACUGUCCAGGCUCUUACAGUACACAAAACCAGAGUAUGUUUUGUGACAGUGGGCUUUGGGCACUGCUCAUGCUAUGAAGUUCAGUAUUCAAACAAGUCUGUGAACUCUGACACCUCUUAACGGGAGGUUUUCAUUCCAGUCUGGGACAUCAGAAGAUAACCCAGUUAUAACCAUCCUGUUCUGUUCUCCAGGGAGAAUCUCCUGUCCUCACUGGCUACAAGUAGAAUUGUAUUGAUCCUGAAGUAUCUUCAAACAUUAUGGUAUUUUGUAGUUAUUAAAAAUGGUUUCAAAGUUAUAGCUUGAGCUCAAAGAAGAGAGUCUUUGAAGUAGCUAUAGGUGCACCAGGUCAAUUUGGUUGAGUGGUAGCUGCCUUUUCCAGCAAUAUGAGCAGUGCUUGGUAGUCCUGCUGGAAAAAGCAUAACAUAGCCAUUUUAAUACGCUUCCUUUGGGUUUUGCCUUAUGAUACUGCUUUUUUGUGUACCACUACAUUUAUUCCUGAAGGUCCAUACUUAUUGUGCUGAAUGCAAAUAGAGCAGUGUUUUCUACUAAAGUCUCUGCCUCAUUUUCUGCUGCCUUAUUUGUGGAGGUUUGAUAUUUUAUACUAAAAAUAGAAACUUUUCAUCCUGGAAGAAAACCAUAAUUUCUAGGUGACAUCAUUAACUUGUUGAGCUAUGUGCCUGAAUUGACAGAGGGCUUUUUUUUCCAAUCAGGAAUCUUAUUACUAGCAGAGUAUUGUGUGCCAUGAAACAUCCCGUGGUACCCUGUUGCAUACUACACCUGGGAUGCAGUGCAAGGACAUGGUCGAAAGAUACAUCCCCCUCUCACCAAAAUGGCACCACUUGCCUUUUGGGGGGCUUUCUGUUCAUACUUUAAUUCUUGUAGCAGUAUCUUCUGUCUUGGGGCCAAUCUGUGAUUAGGCUGGUAAAUACCAGCUUUAACAAACACCCACAAACUAAAAACACUUCACAAAGACAUUCCAUAUUAGCUAGUAAAGCCUUACAGCAGCCCAGGAGCAGCAGGUAAGUAUUAUUACCCUUUUAAUGCCAGUGAAGCUGUGAUUCAGAGCUUAUGAAAGGAUAUAGACAAAUGAAUAGUUAUAUAUAGAGCUGGCACUAGAAAUUAGUUCUUAGUACCUAAGCCUGUCUUCUUGCUGUUUCCCUGGAUGACCAACUAGUAGACAGAGGCUCUUUGUUUUGAACUUUCUUGUGAAGAAUAAACUGGUUCAUUGCAAUUUGGAAUAAUGAAAAACCACAUUACUACAGAAAGUUCUCAUCAGGCAAUUGAAAUGACACUGAAAUCAAGUUUCAUGCGUAUUCAUUUAUGAGGAUGGCCCAGAACAAACACGAGGGUACAGUACAAGUAUCAGGAACUGAAAAGUUGCUCAGCAAGUAACUUAAAUUCCUGUUUGGUAUCACUUCAAAUACUUUCUUGCAGGUGGUAGAUGAUUUUCAGUUUAGUAAUCUGUGUUACUACAAUUUCCUUGUUUUGUCUUAAGCUCCCUGCUUUUUUCUUUCAUCUAUAACUUUCACUUGUCUCAAACAUGUACAGGUUUUUCCAUAUAGAGACACUCCAGAAAGCUAAGUCAGUGAAACCUAUAAAGUUAAUGCCUGUGAAUUAAAGUGUGUUAAAUCCCUGUGUAUAUGUUCUCAUUUUGAAGUAGGUUGGCCUCUAAUUCCAGUUGCAUAAUCCUCAGUGGGGAUAUUCAUCACAUUGCGCAAUUCAAGGUUGUUGGUGAAUUUUAAAGCACUGAAUAUGUUUCUGACCAAGACACUGCAGAACAUAUGUAAAAGGAUUCACAUUCUGUAUUCUCAGGGUGGCAGUUAUGACUUAGAGUGCAGCAUUUCUAACACUUGGCUCCUUGAAUUGUAUUUGCAAAGCUCAGCACCUACACACUACAGGCCACAUUUCCUAAGUCCUCUUUUUCUACUGCGGUGGUUUGCAGUGCUCUCUUAUUUAUUGCCACCUGUAUGAUGAUGAAUUUAAGCUUCCUAACAACACUGUGCUUUCUUCUUUGCAUUGUGUGAUGCCAGGGAUCUGGGGACUGUAUGCUGAAAGCAAGUGCUUUACUAGGGUACCAGAGACUAGUAUGGUAUAAAUAAUGCCAAUAUAACUAGAUCUCUUUUUACAGUAUCCAUCAGAAAUACACUUGUUUCUCAGAAAAUAAUCUUCCUUUCUCUUUUUCUUCUUCAUUUGCAUCUGCCUGGAUCUGGAGGAUGAGAGCCUCUCUUAGCAUUCACACAAGCAGCCACCACAUAAGAAAACCACACACAACAGGUUUAUUACGGAUGGGUUUAUCGCUAAGUAAUGCAACUAAUACAUGCUAACUGACAUUCUACUGUGUAACAGUGCAUGUUUUGACCUGUGUGCUGUUUCCCAGCCCAUGUGCUCGGCAUCAGUCAGAGGAUACGCUGCAAAGAUGGGCAUGGAAGCUUAGCAUAGAAACUGCAGAACCAAAGCCAUUAAGAUACAGCUCUCCUUAUACUGAAGAAAGAGCUCCUCCUGAAGGCAGAAACUGGGACCUGUGGCUCUUAAGUUCUUUGAACUUUCCUUGUGUUUGUGUUGCACGUAAGACUUUUUUAUUAUACUUGCACUAUCUUGAGCCCUAAGCCCAGGAACAGGAACCUAUGGUCCAAGGAGUGCAGUUAUGGAGAAUCAUACUAAAGUGCAAACAAGUUCCAUGUACAGGUGAGGAGGAACUCCAGCAUGUAGACAGGGCAGCAGCAUGUGCUGGAGAAGGGCUGCAAAGUGAUUUCUUGCUGGAGAAUUAGCACACUGCCUGGCAUCACUGAUGACAAGUAAUGGAUUUUAGUAUUCAUUGAUAGAAUGAUGGUCACUGGUUAUGUUGCAUCAUAUUGGUAAGAAAUCUGACAAUACCCUUUGUAUGUCUCCUAAGCAGUUUAUAUGUAGAUUUCUGCAUUUUCACCAAUUUAUUUCUAUUUCAGGCCUAAUACAAAGCCUGCUGGUGUAACUAAAUGUUUCUUUCUAACUUCUGUCGUGUCUCUGUAAUGCCCCAUUUGCGUGUCUCUGCAAAAGUCCUAAUGUUUUCUUGUCCGUCUUUGUUUAAAAGUGGGCUUACCUGGGUCUCAGAAAUUGGGCAUUACUGGCAUGAAUACUUCAGAAAACUUCAUGUGUAUGGAAGGCCAAUUUUUCUCAUAUAUACAACCCAUGAUGCCUUGUUGACAUUCAAAGGGGUACCUCCAAUAUCUAUCGGUGAAGAAGUUGGCAUCUUGUGUUAAACGUGCUCUCAAAGUCUAUGAUGUCAUUACUGCAACUAAACAGGGUGUUUAGAAAACAAUCAUAUAUAGUCUUACAACAUUUCCUUUGGUGAUAUAUGAAGAUUACUCAGUCUUCUCUCCCACUGUUGAGACUGACAACAUAAACAACAAUAAUAAAUUCUCUUGGCACUAAUUAUUGCAAAGUAUCUCUAAAGAGUCUGUCACUUGAAACCCCUUUUAAAAUCAUUUUGAACAGGUGAAAUCUGUCUUUGGAAAAGAUUAAAAAAAUUAUCUUAAAUGCUCUCCCUGUGUCUGUACCUGUUACUUACAGACAUCUGCUUCUCCUUUUUCCUUUGAGCUGACUUCUCAGUGGGCUUGAUCCAUAGAGAGUGUCAGUCUGUACCCUAUCAUUACAAGGCUGGGGCUUUUGUUUCUCCUGUUUGAACAAUUUCUUUUACUCAAGAGUAGAAGAAUGGUAAAACUGUCUGUGGAUGAUGUUCUGUAAUUGGAUACACCUUUAGAAGUGUCUCAGAAAACAAGGACUUCAGAGCUGGUUAAUCUCUGAGAGUUCCUAGUACACACUGGCUUGUUUUUGUAUUUCCCAACACUGUUUUCAUCCCACUUAUGACCAUCUGAAAGAUGCAGUGUUUGGGAGCAGCUGCAGAAAUACCCAUUUUAGAAUGUGCUGGGACUUUAUCUGCCUGCGAAAAAAAACCAACCAGAAAAGUCUGUGUUUCUGACAUGUUUACUUAAACUUUGAGAAGCAGAAAAUAGCAGUAAGCGCUACAUGAAUGUUUCUGUCCCCAUAAAAUUAAAACCCAGUUUAGAUAGGGGUUUUUAAUUAGUUUUUUUUUUUAUUUCCACAGUUAACAAGUUAGCAUCAUCUAAUUAAUCACUUUGCCUUUCUUAAAUAAACCAGAUAUACAGUAGAAUUUGAGUAUGUUAUGGUCUAGAUUUCCUUUACAUUCUAUGGGGUUUAAAGAGUGGAAAAUAUCAAAACUGCAAAAGAUGUCUUAGCCAUGAGAACUAAUAUUUAACCAGUCACUUUUUUCAUAAUGUAAUACAUUCACUUGUUUGCACAAAAGACUGUCCUGACCUGUUUUGAGUUGUUAGAAAUCUCAUUUUUGUUCAGACCUAUAGAGUUUUAGAUAAACCUGUAAGAAUGUGCUUUUACAAAGUAAAUUUUUUAAAGAAACUCUUUGGUAUUCUGUAGUAAAUGUAUUUAUUUACCAGUAUGUAUGAUUUUUGUAUUUUCACAUAAUUUACCUUGUGUAUGUCAUAGAGGUUCUGGUGUUUGUCAAUACAGAACACUGUGCAGAAAUAUUAAACUUGAUUUGUUUGAAGCAA